GGUGCGAACUCAAUAUAUAAUCUCAAUUUGCAGCGCACUUUAAAAGAUGAGAAAUAUGUCCUAGCUAAACUGGAUGCGCGUUUUAAGAUGCAGCUCGGCCACUACAAAGACAACCCUGAGUAUACGGAUCACUUCACUGAAUGGAGGCUAUUUAGGCAUUCGGGAAAACCGCUUCCAGCGAAAGUAUUAAUUGCUGACAAAUUUAAAGCAUACGACAACCUACGAUUAGAUUUGGAGCAACUGAUGGAAGCCCGCGUGAGUGAGCUCGACUUUGAAAUGAAAAGACUCCCCAGCAACCACAAAUGCAUGAGGUUUUACUUGAAACAAAAGCUGGAGCUCGAACGAGCAUAUACAAGGACAAACGAAGUCAAGCAAAAGGUUAUACGUAAAAAUACCAAUCCUUGCCCAUUUGAGCCCAGUGUCCAGCGUGCGAUACAAAUAAUAGACAAAAAUACCAACAGCAGCAGCAGCCAUGUUCAAAUCCAUAAUAAUGGCUCGAAGGACUACAAUGCUCGCAAGGUCAUCAUAGCGAAAAUUGAUGUACAAAUAAACUCUAAGCUCGGGCACUAUGAGGAUAAUAAAGAAUACUCUGAGAAGUUGAGUAAAUUAAUUAGAGCAAAGAAAUCGGGUAGCUCAAAUAUAGAGCUGUUAUAUCUCCUUGCGAAAUUUCAAGAGUAUAACAGCCAACGAUUAAAUCUUGAGGAAAAGAUUGACGACCGUUUGAGUGACAUCACAUUUGUAGUCAAAGCACUUGCAAAGCCUCAUAAAUGCGUCAAGUUCUAUUCGCAUCAAAGUUGGGCACUUAAAAGAGUAUACCAAAGGGAAAAUUCAGUCAAGAUAAAGGUCUUACGUGCAAAUAGCGUAAAAUGCCCAUAUGAAUGUGAUCCUCAUAAUCAGAAUAGGACAACGAUUGCACCACAAUAACAAAGAAGGAAAAUUAAAACAAAAAACCUCUAGUCGAGAUUCCUGGAGAACCCCUUUGAAGAAUGCCUUGCCUCUCUACUGCAUACACAAGAAGCAACAUCUAACACAUCCAAUACGCGUUUU